AUGGACAAGAGUCACGGGAAAGAACUGAGGACUUCGAGGCUGCUCCUGCGCGGUGCCAAGGAUGGUGAUGCGCAAAGCUUGUUCGAGUGUUUCUCAGACUACGAGCUGAUGAAAUACUGGUCCACUCUUCCUCACAAGUCGAUCGAGGAGACUGAAGAGUGGGUACAAGGUAUGGUUUCGAGUUCGCAGAAUGGUUAUACCGACUUUGUAAUAGUCGAUCAUCAAUCCAAUACCGCCAUUGGAAAAAUAGGUAUAUGGAGCGGCAGCGAAAUAGGCUUCAUGAUCGCAAGAUCACGUUGGAGGCAAGGGCUUGUAUCGGAAGCUCUAGCGGCAACUCUGACAUAUUAUUUUAACGAUCUUGAACUGGAACAGAUCACUGCCGACGUUGAUCCGAGGAAUGCGGCGUCUAUCAACAUUCUAAAGAAGUUCGGAUUCGAGGUGGUCGGUCAACGCGAAAAGACAUUCGAGAUCGGUGGAGUCUGGGUGGACAGCCUCGAUCUAUCUCUGACGAGAGAGCAGUGGAAAAGGCAGUAG